AUGGUCAUUGCGUCUGUGCUCGAAUUCUUCCUCGGCCAUACCUUUCAAUUCGCCGUGUUCGGUUCUUUUGGGGCUUUCUGGUUUUCGUUCGGUGCGACGUUGACACCAUCCUUCAAUGCGGCCGCGGCAUACCAACCUGAGUCACCGGAAACGGCACUCACGAACCCGACAUUCAAUGCGACAUUUGCUUACUUCCCGUUGUAUAUGGCGCUGCUGUGCUCCAUAUAUUUCGUCGCCUCACUGAAAACUAAUGUGGUGCUUAUGCUGACGUUCCUGCUUUUGGUCCCCAUGUUGGCGUGUCUCUCUGGAGUGUUUUUCAAGGCCGCCGAGGGGGUGGCAGCAACAAGUCUUAUGACAGCGGCCGGUGCUUGUGGUUUUGUUGUCUGUAUCCUUUGUUGGUAUUUAUUGCUGGUGCAGAUCCUGGCUUCUGUUGAAUUCCCUCUCAAUCUUCCAGUCGGAGAUCUUGAGUGGUUGAUGAAACGGAUGAAGCGUAAGCGAUCUUAA